GUGCUGUUCUCCAGAUUGUGAAUCAAUCCAAGAAUGAACAAAUGUAAGAAGCCUUAUGUUGACCAGACUAGAAACCUUGAAAAGUUCAGUCCUGAAAUUCUUUCUGAAAUUGAGAAGCUCUUUGAAAAGAAGUUUACUUACACUAAGCCAGUGAAUAAUGAAUGGAAGCUCCCAGAUCCCAGUGAUGCUUUUACGUGUGAUCACAAGGAAUUCAGCUCACUACAGGCUCUGAAGGACUCGAUGAAUGACGUGAAGAAUCAGCUGAGUGAUAAGAACCUGGAUGAAUGGCAUCAGCAUACCUCAUUUACCAAUAAAGCAGGGAAAAUAAUUCCUCAUGUGAAGAAAUCUGUGAAUGCUGAGCUGUGUACACAGGCAUGGUGCAAGUUUCAUGAGAUCCUGUGCAGUUUUCCUCUUCUCCCCGAAGAAGCUCUUCAGGAAGGAGAACUGAAUUCUGUCCACCUCUGUGAAGCACCUGGAGCUUUUAUAGCCAGUCUCAAUCACUACUUGAAAUCCCACCAUGUCCCAUGCGACUGGAAUUGGGUAGCUAAUACUUUAAACCCAUACCAUGAAGCAAAUGACACUCUUAUAAUGAUCAUGGAUGACCGUCUUAUGGCAAAUACAUUGCCUUGGUGGUACUUUGGCCCAGAUAACACUGGUGAUGUGAUGACAUUGAAACAUUUAACAGGACUUCAGAACUUUGUGAGUAAUAUGGCCACAGUUCACUUGGUAACUGCUGAUGGCAGCUUUGAUUGCCAGGGAAAUCCAGGAGAACAGGAGGCUCUUGUCUCACCCCUUCAUUACUGUGAAACAGUCACUGCUUUAAUGAUCCUGGGCACUGGAGGUUCCUUUGUUUUGAAGAUGUUCACACUGUUUGAACACUGUUCUACCAAUCUGCUCUUUCUGCUAAACUGCUCUUUUGAGGAGGUCCAUGUCUUUAAGCCAGCCACUAGCAAAGCUGGAAACUCAGAGGCCUAUGUGAUUUGUCUUCGUUAUAUGGGCAGAGAAAGCAUUCAUCUGCUGCUUUCUAAGAUGAUACAGAACUUUGGAACAGAAAUGGUCAACAAAGCACUUUUUCCCCAGCAUAUGCUACCGGAAUCUUUUCUUAAAAUACAUGAAGAGUGUUGCAUGUUCUUUCACAAGUGCCAGAUAGAGACCAUCUCUGAGAACAUCCAUCUCUUUGAGCGCAUGGAAGAAGCAGAGCAGACGAAACUGAACGAGUUACGAGAUUGUGCAGUAGAGUUCUUCAUGCAAAGACUUCGUAUGAAACCCAUUGCCAGAAAUAACUGGCUUGUCAAGAAAUCUCAGACUGGAUGCAGCAUGAAUGCGAAAUGGUUUGGACAAAGAAACAAAUAUUUUAGUACCUACAAUGAAAGGAAGAUGCUGGAAACCCUUACAUGGAAUGAUAAAGUGGCAAAGGGCUAUUUUAAUCACUGGGCUGAAGAACAUAGUUUAAAUAAUGCUGGAAAAAUGUGCAUCCUGGAAGGAUUGUCUUGUAACCUUGAGUGUAGCCUGUGGUACAUUUUGGAAGGCAAAAGACUACCAGUGGUAAAAUGUUCUCCGUUUUGUGAUGGUCAAGUUUUGGAAAAUCUCAAUGAAGCUAUGAACAACUUGGUGCAGGAGAGGCUGAAAAGCAGACAAAGGCUGCAGACUUGUCAAUCCUGUGAAGUUCUUCCUGGGGAACUCAUACUGGCAGAAGUGUCUGACCUUUCCAGCUGUCAUCAGGAAGUCCUAAAUGAAAGAUGUGGUGACCAAUUCAAGUGCCUUGUGGUGGACUUUCCAUUCCUCUGUGAUACUGAAAGCCAACCCAGUAUGGAAAUAAAGCUCCUGGACUCAGCCACACUGCUGACUUUCAGCUUCUCUUUGCUUUACGAUGGAGAACCAAAGUACCAGCAGCAGCUUUUGGAGUGUGUUCUGCAUUCAUUGAAUCAGCUUACAACAGGAGAUGCAUUGAUUUUGCCUAUUCUCUCUUGCUUUACACGCUUCACAGCUGGCCUGGUCUUUAUACUGCAUUGCUGUUUCAGAUGCGUCACGUUUGCUUGUCCAACCUCCCAUGAGCCUCUAAGGACUAGUGCUGCUUUGCUGUGCAUUGGUUACCGAGGCCUCCCAAAUCCAGUUGUUGAAUAUCUGCAGCAUUUGAAUAAACGGAUGAGCUCUUUACUAGUGUCAGACUCUCCCCAGCAGGUCUUGCAGUUUGUGCCUAUGGAGGUUCUCCUCCAGAGCAAACUGUUGGACUUCUUAUGGGAUUUAAACACAGCCGUUGCAAAGAGACAACUCCAUUUGAUUGUGCAAGCUAAACAGCAGCAAAUGACUAGCAAUAUUUCACUUUAGAAUAGAAUUGAGCAAGUUGCUGCUGCUAGAUCUUGUUUCACGGGCAGUUAGAAGGUGUUAAAAACAUUGUUAAUGCAGAGGUAAUGUUACUGUAAAACCUUGGUGUGUCAUUGUGACUGUUGGGAGGAUGUUUUGAGCUAUCAAUCCCACUUAUACCAUAUUGGCCUGUCGUACAGUAGCCUGAGGUUUUAAUCUUGGGCAUGGGGGACUUGGGAGAGACAGUGACUGAAGCGGUGAAACUGUCUGUCCUCUGUCACAACGCUCUCUGAGCAAACUCCUUUGUGUACCACCUGGGUCAGAAGUGUGGCCUUCGUGAUGAGCAGUGCUAUGGAGAUUUGUACCUGUUGGAUCAGGCCAGACAAUGGGGGACCCUCUUGUGUGACAUUAGCACUCUUCUGCAGAGCAAAAUGUGGGAGUUUUGACACACCUGUGUACUUUUCCAGCGUUUGUAGAAGCCAAAAUGUGAGGUUUGGGCCAGAACGCUCAGCAGUAUGCAAGCCUGAUGUGAGACCUGAGGGAUGAGUGUCUUGUGAGCAGGUAGCUGUCUCACAAAGGCUGGGUUAAAAAUGACAGCCUGUAGGCAGUAGCAGUGGUGUCCAGGGUUAGAUGCUCUUUGGUUUUCAUUUUGUUUAUGUGAAGAGCAGCAGGCUGUAUGGUUUUUGACAAGUUAUUGUAUGGUUUUGUCUCCCCAUCAAUGAAUGGGCUGUUAGAACGUUAUUUUUAAGUGGCUUAUGGAUGUUCCUUAAAAUAAUUUGAGACUCCUGAGUGAAAGCGAAUACUUGCAUCUGUCUAUUGCAGCAGCUAUUAAUGAGGAAAUGCACGUGUUUUUCAGGCUAAAAAUGUGAUCGUGCACAAAUUUGUGUAUCAAAAAAUGCUUUGGGUACUGCUGGAGGAGCAUUAAGCUGAAGAAAUAUGUGAUAACUUUCUUUGGGAAGGUAUGAUUAAGAUUUCAGUUGGAUCCCCUUAAGGAUAAAAAUGAUGAAGUUGGUAACUGACUGUUCCUUUAAGGGAGUCAAAUUUUAUUUUCCAUAUUGAUCCUCUGAGUGCUGAAUUUUGAGGCUUAACUUUUGUGUAUUAAUGUUUAGUUUUAAGUUUGUAGUGUACAUGGAACAACCUGCUCAGAGGGAGAAAUGAUGUUUAAAGGAAAAAUGACUUUGCUGUUCAUGGGUGCAAGAUCUUGGAGAAAAAGGCCAAAAGAAUGGAGUUAGCAAGUAGGAAAACCUACUCUCCUGAUAAAUUACCAGUCACCUUCUGGAAGCACUUCUAAUUAUAUAAUGUGGGAGCUUGAAGGAUAGUUGAUUACUGGUAAGGAAUUAAAAGUACUGCUGAAAAUCUGUUUUGUCUGGAGGUGCUGCACAUUUAAUAGGCUUUCUUGCCACGUUGAUUGGGGCAGAGUUUAAUGCAUUUAACAGUUCAUUUUUUAUUGAAGAACUUGAUAGGUGAAUGAAUUGGUGGCUUAGGUCUGACUAAUUCAUAACAUUUUCUAAAAAUCUUGCUUUUUAUACUUGCAUGUAAAUAGAAGCUACCUAACAAAAGCUUCUGGGAUUGGCCGUUGUCCAUUUGAAUUUAUUUAAAUGAACUUGCUCUUUUUGCUAUAAGCUGAGUCAUGCUUCCUAUUUCAGACCAGGAAGGAAGGGAGCAGAGGCUACAGUCUGGGGGAUAUAUGCAGUAAUAGCUUCUCCUGUAAAUCAUUUUUGAACCUGUAAACUCAAGAGUGCAAGCAGGGCGACAGAUGAAUUUGACCGAGGUAUAAAAAUGAAAUACUGAAAAUGGGAAUAAAGAAGGGGGGAAGAAAUAUUGUACAAGAACAAUGAUGAGACAGUAUCAAAGAUCAACUGUAGAAGUCAUCUUUAUCUCAGACAAAAAGCUGGAUAAAAAUACUGUCCACUAAAGACACCCCUGUGUCUCUGCCACUGCUUCAGAGGUGAUUAAUUCUUUUGAAACUUCCACUGAGCUGAAGCGUUUGCAAAGAUACCUCCAAAGCAGGGGUGAACGAGAUAUUGCAGGCACAUGGGUGUGCUUACACUGUGCUGUUCUGCCGUGGAGGCAUGAGUAGCCAGAAGCAUCUCAUCUAGUAGGUACUUAAAUAACUUGGGUGUUUUUCUGACUGACAUUAGUCUAAUAUUUUAAACUUACUGUUCUAUAGGUAAAGUAAAAUCCUGAGGUGACUGACAGACCCUGAGAGAAAAUGCAUUUAUUUUUUGAGCUUUCCUUGGUCUGUUGUGUACCUCUGACAAACUAUGCAGACUUCCAUGAAAUUCCUCCCAUCCCAUUAUCCCCUGUAUCAUCAGUCCCUUUUUCCAUAAAUUUUUAGGGGAGAACAUUUUAGAUGGUCACAAAGCUUUGGGCGAGUUAAGACUGUGUACUUACUGAGCUAGUGGGGAAGCAUAAUCCCUCUUGUUUGGAAGUAACCCCAAAAAAAUGUGUGCAAGCCCUCCUGGGGAAAGCCAGAUCUCUAAACCAAAGGAAACCCAAUGUCCUGUGGAUCCUGAUGCCUGAUUUGCUCUGGAACUUUUUGUUGGCAGACAUGGGCAGACGACAGGAGAAAUGCUUUCACCGCAGCUGCUCCUGUUAAAAAGAAAGGAUGUGGUUUGGAGAGUCUUUUUAAUUAUUGUUGUCUUAAUGGCAGGAGUGUCAAAGUCAGGAAUGACACUUGUCCUCUUAAUUGUGAGAAUCCUUCAUUGUCCUAGCUGUCAUUAGACCAAAGAUUUCUCUGAGAAGUGACACUUAAUUUCUGUUGUGACUUUUGGAAUAUGUAAGAACGAAAGGGAAGAAUGUAUUAACCUUUGUGGAGAGGGUCUGAUGACUCCUGCCUUCAUUGAGGCUGUCAGUUUUUGGCCCAUUUGAUUUGAUUUUGUGUGACACCUGAUAAAGUGUCCUAGUACCCUGUCUCCUUUUAAGUUGUUUUUUUACCUAUUCAAAGAUGAACUGGGCAUUGGUUUUCAUAAUUAGGACCUUCACGUUUCACACAGGGGAAAAAUAGAGGAGGAGGAGAGAAUAAGCUGGUUAUGAUGUGAUUAAGAUUCAUGCGAACUUGAGGUAAACUUAAUUUUGUAGCCCUGCUGUUACAGGUUUCCAAUGAAGGACCAAUAUCUAGGCCCAGUGAUUAGCUAUGAGCUAUAUUUAUUUCUCUGAAACUUUUUGGAUCUUUUGUUUUAAGCCAGCAUAACAUUUUGAAAUCAGUUGAAUGAGGGUUGUAUGAAUUGGGUACUCCACCAAGUGAAAAUGCUGAUUUUUUUUUUUUUUUAAAGUUGAGUUCCAUUAAAGUUGAGAGACUUGCCACUAAUUUUACUAAUUUUUUAUUGUAUUUAGAUUCAUCUGGAUGUGCACAGAUUGUAUGUGUUCUUGCCACUGACUUUCCAAUUUAAUUUCUACAAAACAUAAUGAGAUUUACAGUAUGAAAUUCGGUAGUCUAUUAAAAUGGUACUAAUUGGUGUCUAUUCAUCUUAAUUUAAGAUGGAUCUAUCAAAUUACUUGUUCUAAUAGUAGGAUAUGUAGCAGAAUUCUGUUCCAUUAGAAAAACAAUUUGGGACUUAACGGGAAGGGAUUAGUACUCCUUAUGUAAAAAGUAGGAGAAAAGAAAAACACACCCUGAUUUCUGGGUUGUGAGCUGGCUGCUUUAGGAUGCAGAAUAACAUUGAGUCCUUGCUUCACUGGAAGCAAGGGCUGACCAGUGAGCUAAAGCCUCAGUGCCUCCAUCUCAGUGCCUGUUACCAUCCCUAAAACCAUCUUUUGAUAUCCCUUUAAUUUACACUUGAUUUAAUUUUUAAUAUUAAAGCAGGGGAAAUCCUGUGUAACUUGUCUUACCAUUUUGGGUGGUAUGAAAUGAGGUAGUUUCUCAGUACUUCUCCCCAUUUCUCAUUUUUUAAAUGAGAGCCUCUAAAUUUCACCUCGUAGCCUUUGAAUAUCACUCUCUUUUUUAGUACUUCAGUAAGCAAAGACAGAUUAAAAUUUCCUUGCCAGAGUCUGGUAAUGGAUUCACCAUCUUGUUCUUGCAACAGUUUUUGUGAAUGCCAUGCAGAUAUCCUUAGUUCCAGUUCUUUGUGCACUUCAGUCACUUGACAGAAAGAUCAAAUGGAGCUGUUUAUGCCAGAAAAACGCUCAGCCUGUGGCUGCUCAUUGCUUACUCUUUAGGCAAUGAUUUGGAUUGCCAUCGAGCCCUCUCUUGUGACUCCUUGUGGGUCCAGAGCUGAUUUCAAGACUUAAGAAUGAAAUUUGCUAGAAGAAUUAGCCAGUGGCUGUAGACACUUAUGCUUAUAACAAGCAGAACUUAGGAGACCUAUAAAUGCAGGAAACUUUUCCACCAGCCAGGAGAGGCUCAUAUAACAUGCAGCUGGGAAGGAUUUGCUAGCCUUUCCUUGAUAAAAAUUCUUUUAAAAAGGCUUUGAGGCAUAACCACCCGAAGAAACAGUUCAUCAGUUGUGUGCACCUUUCUUGUACACACGGGUAUGUUCAUGUUUGCACAUGUGCAAACCCCCAGGACUGUACAGCCAUGAAGCUUUUGCUUUGUAACUAGUCCAUGUGUGCUUUUGUUUUGAAGGAUGUAUGUAUUUUUCUAAUAGUAGAUGAAGGGAUGUUGGUUUACAUGGCUAUUGCAUAUUUCACUUGGUCUGCAAAUGAGUGUUAAAAGACCUUUUUUAAAAGAAAGGAAAAUAGAUGUUAUUUGG